UAUGUCAAAAUUGCCAAAUCAAAAUAAAAACUUCACCUUCGUGCUGUGCUUCGUGCUCACAAAUAAAUAAUUAUUUUGGAAAUGUUAUUCCUACAUUAAAAUCAGACUAUUUAAAAAAAUAUAUCAUAUUAAGUAUCCAGUGAUGGCUCAACCGAACCAAGUGAAUUUAGAUAUUGAAGAAGAUCCACCUGCAGAUGGAACACCACCACGUAACAAUCCUUUGCAUAGAUUGGACUCUAAUUCUAGGCCUGUGCCUUCAAUUAGAAAUAACCUGGGCCUUGGAGAUCGCCUAAAUAGUGUUUUUAGAGAAAUCAGGCCUUUUGUCGAAAAUGCUCGAAUGGGAAAUAAUCCAAGGUUAUCAUUACCAACAUGGCUGCCGAGACAUACACCGGGGACUCAUCAAAUUGGUGAAAGUAGUACACAGAGACCACAAAGCUCAAUUGCACAUGUGAAUUUGGGACCAGGUAGCCAGACUUAUGGGGUCACAGAUAGAGGUACACCACCAUCGCAGAGAACACAAAUGCUGGGCCACGAGUUGAAUACUAGUAUAUCACAUGACUCCAAUCUCUCAGAGCAAGGGCAGGAUCAUCCAGAGAUCAAUGUGUCAGUGAACCCAGCUAAUAAUAAUAACAUACAUGAUAAUGGCGAUAAUGAAAGUCAAAGUGAUGAUGGUACACAACAGGUUUUGGAUGUUAGAACAACUUUAAACGUACUCAUCCGUUAUGCACCAUUCUACAUAAUACUUUUCAUAAAGUUCAUGUAUGAUAGCAGAGAAGGACUGUUUACAUUCAUUGUAUUGCUUUGUACAUUUGCACAUUGCAACACCCUUGUGAGGAGGGAACAUGGGAAACAAAUGAAUAGGAGCAUAAUAGCUCUGUUCAGUGAGCUUGUGUUCACAGGCAGUUGUAUAGUGGUUGUGCAUUUCCUGUUCGGCCAUGGGAAACUGUUGCCUAAUGUGGUAAUGUUCCCGGCGUACACUGACUCCAUAGAUGUAUGGGAGCUGCUCUGGCUGGUCGUGUUGACUGAUUUGAUAGUCAAGAUCAUUACUGUAGACGUAAAAAUACUGGUCACAAUGAUGCCUGCUUUCUUGUUGCCGUAUCAGAAAAGGGGUAAAGUAUACCUUUUUACGGAGGCAAUUUCCCAGCUAUACCGUUCUCUGCUCACCAUACAGCCUUGGAUAUUUUUCCUGAUGCAAUCAUAUGAGGGCUCCGAGAAGAUGAUGGGCAUGUUCUUAACGUCGCUCUAUGUUAUAUCAAAGGUUAUCGAUGUGAUCACCAGGUUGCUACUCUUCAAAUAUGCUACAUGGACUCUUUUGCAAAGUGUGAAUCUCGGCACAAAACCAACCGGCGAGCAGCUGCUUUCCGCCGGCGACUCUUGUCCCAUCUGUCACGACGACUACACGACGCCAGUGCGGCUGGACUGCAGCCACAUAUUCUGCGAGCUGUGCAUCUCGGCUUGGCUCGACCGUGAACACACCUGCCCCCUCUGCCGGGCGAAGGUCGCCGAGGAACCUACAUGGCGGGACGGUUCCACCGCGUAUAGCUUUCAACUCUACUGAUCGACUGGUUAAGACGAUUAAAAGUCGUAUUCCAACGCUGUUAAUAGAAUUAUGCAUCAGUUAUGUAAAUAUUGGAUAUUUGGUGAAAGAAAAGAAUUAUGUCUGGACCGAGUUAAGUUUUAGUUGCCUACACACAGUUUUAAUAGUAAGUUUUAAAAUGUAAUGGAAGAUCUACUUAAUACUAACGGAAUUAAAGUAACGGUUAACUUCAAACUAAAUUAUGUAUUUAUUAUUAAAGCCCUAUUAUAACGUGUUACCAAGUUGCAGUAAAUUGUUACUGUAACACUGUUCUGUUGCUAUGGUCACCUUUUACCAUCAGAUGGGCCGACAGCUUGUUUAUUAUUCUAAAUUAUAUAAAAAAAUAUUAAAAACUCAAAAAAUUAUACGAAAUUUAUUUUAAUACAACAUCAAUACUGUAUAAUGUAUUAUAUUAUACAGCCAUGUUGAGACCCCAGGAUAUUUUUUUUUUAUUUCUUACUUUUAAAAUACUUAUGUAAAUAGUAUAUUCAGUAAAAGCUAUAUUUGAAAAAAUUUUGUCCACUUUGUAAAAACUCUGUGCUUACGUCAUACUUUAUAUAUUAUAGUUAAAUACCGCUAGAUAAAUUUUAAAUAAAACAAUCAUGACAAGAAGAUAGAAGAAGGAUAAAAUUCCUACAUUUAAAUAAUACUGUAUAUAAAUUUUAAAUAGAAUUAGCUAUAAAAAUGUUUAAAUCGUCUAUUUUUUGUGUCAAACUAUUAACGAAACUUGUCUAAAUGUUCCAAUAUAUGUAACUAAAAUAUUUACAUGGUCCGUAAUUAAGAAUAUCUUUAGGUCGAGUACAAAAUAGUUGGAUAACUUGUAUGUCGAACGUAUUUUGUGUGGAUACGUCGCCGAGUACAGGAGUAUACGUUAAUGUAAUGAUAGGCUUUGUACAAAAUCCAUAAUGUGUGUAACGGCAAUGUGUGUAGAAGCAAUUUUAUUUUACACUGUGCUAAUGUAACUUUACCACAGUGUAAAAUCAAAUUGCUUCUACACGUUAAAAAUUGCUCUUAUUACGUAAAGUAUGUUAUGUUUUUCUUUAUUCUCUUUAGCACACAUGUAAACACAUUUAAAUAUCUUUUUAUCGAAUUAACAGUGCAUAAAAUAAUCAAAUAGAUAAAUUAAAAAGAUAUUUAUAUUAUUUUACUAUAUAUAAUUGCACAUUAUUACUUUUUUUCUAUUUUAGUUUUAAAUAACUUCAUUCAGUUAAAAGACAUUUUGAUAUUUAGGAUUUACUUUGUUAUUGUUUAUUGUCUAGAAAAACUGAUCUUAAUAUUUGAUAGCCACUGUCUUUCAAGUUUCAAAAUUAAAUAUAAAAACCAUUAAAGCCAUAAACAAAACUUCUAAUAAGCUAAAUUCUCCUGAACUUUAAAAAUAACUUGCUAAAGUAUGUUACUCGCUUGUGCAAGGUACUUUUUUUUUGCAUAAAAUCACAAAAUAAAUUAUGAUAUAAACAGUAAUCGAUUUAAAUUCUAUAAUAAUACUCUUUUUAUUAUUAGACAAAGUCCAACUGAACACAUUUUGUAAAAAGUAGUUAUUGAGCUUUACUUCCCUAUCUUAUUCCAAGCUGAGUUAUAUAACUCAGUUAUGUACUGAGUUAUAUACGUUACAUGCGUAAAAAUACUUAUUAACUGAAAAUAUAUGUACUAUUUACAUAGUAACCAAAAUAUAUUCAUAUUGUUAAUACUCCAUAUUGUAAAUAAAAUCGGAUAAUUGUACAUUAAUAUAAGCGUAAUGUGAUAAAUGUCUGGCCAAGUGUUUCAUUCGUUUUACCAAUGAGUUUUAAGUGCGUUCUUAUGAAUUAAAUCAUUGUACAUUUAUUUACAUAUUAAAAUUAUAUAGGUACUUACAUAUUUUUUGCUUUGUACGUAUACAAUUAUAACGCACUAUUGUUUUACCGUCAAUUUCAUGAACCAAGUAAUCCAUAAACAAUGGACUAUUUUGAUUAAUUAUUAAUUAAAAAAUAAAAUAAAAAAAGUAUAUUAACUUUAUUUUUAACGAAGUGAAAUGACAAUAAUGUUGUUCUACUCGUAAAUACAUAUGGGUGAAUAUAUUUUAUUAAAAUAUGGGAAUCCAGUGAUAUAUUUUCUAAUAUAAUGUAGUAGGUUGUCGUAUAUUUCAAAUAUAUUAACAUCAUAAGUAAGGCACAUAAUUUAUUGUCAUUUCACCAUAAAGUUUAUUUCGCAGUUAUAAGGAAACUUUUUAUUUGUAUUUCGUAUAAAACUAUGUGUCCACUACGAUAGUGCAAUAAAUUUUAUUUCUUAUUAUUAAAUUAUUGAUUUUAAAUUAUAUGUAAAAUGGGGUUCUAUUUGCAUUCCUGUCACAUGCAAGGACAUUCCAUAGAUUAUGUUCCAGGGAAUAUAUUGUAAGUGGUAUAUUAAGAUACAGUGGUUAUUUGUAUAAUAUAAGUGUUGUUUUAUAUUUAUUUACAUUAUACAGCUAUGUAAUCGAUAAAAAAUUAUGUAUAAAUGAUGGGUUGUUGUAUGUAUAUACAAUAUAUACAUGUAUAUACAAUAUGUAUAUACAAUAUGUAUGUACAAUAUAAUUGAAUGCGAUGAAGAUGUCAAAAACCUGUUUUUGUUAUUCUAACUGGCAUAAUUAGUCAACAACUUAAGGCACGACUCUAUCGAAAUAAGCGCAUAAAAUCAAUAAUUAGAUAGCUAUAUAUUUAAAAAUGUAAUAAAAGUUUUUGUAUUGAUUGAUUAUUAGUUUUUUUUUUUUUUGUUUAUUUAAAUACUUUUUAUAAAUUCUCUUUUAAUAUAUCUAUAUUAGGUUAUAGCAAAAAUGAUAAAAUUACAUUUAAGUCUAUUUUAUAUUUAAUUAAAUAAAUUUGUGAGUUACAAUUUUUUGUUUACUAAUUGUGCCAACCAUAGAAAACGAUUAAUUAUUUGAAUUGAAAUAAUUAUGUUUCCCAUUUUGAAAUGUGAAAAUUGCAACAAAAAUGCGGAUAUUUAAAAAGUCUGGAUAUUUUAGUCACAAAUUAUUUGAGUUCUGAUUUAGUUGAACUAGUUGUAUAUAGUUUAAUAAAGAUAUAUGACUGUUAUAAUACCAUAUAUUUUAUUUUUAAAUAUUGCAACUAAUUAAUCAAAUAUUAAAAAAAAAUUCAUCCAUAUAAAAAACUCGAAGCCCGGACAGAACGCCGAAAGGAUGCUAAACCAAAUUAUAUUUUUUUUGCGUGAAUAUUCUGUAUAACCUUAAUUAUAAAAUGUAUUGCCAACCGAUGUGCAAUUGUUCUCAUGGCCUAUUUAAACAAUGGACAAUGCGCGAAAGGCAUCCAUUAAACGAUAGAUCUUGUAUCAGUCAAUCCAAUUAGUUGUAGAUAAAUUAUUAACGAUUGUCAGAAUAUAGAGAAACGUGUUCAUUCAUCCAUGCUGUAUUGUCCACCCGAUAAUCGUCAGCCGGACAAAAAUAAAUGACACCUAACGCGUUAUAUCAUAAACAAUAAUAUACUUAUUAACGACUGGCGACUAAAAUAUUUGAAUUUGGAGAAAACCAUGGCCGUUAGAGAUUAUUUGUUUUAAAUUGUAAUAAAAAAAAAAAGGAUUUGUAGUUCUAUCAAUUCCCAAUUUACUUUUUAAUCUUGGCAGUAGAUUCUCAAUUUGAACGUUUUAUAGUUAUCCAUAAUAGUUUUUAAAUCGCUUAAUUUAAUUUAUAAACCUAUACGACCUGAAUGAAUAUUGUUCUAUACAGAUCAGUCCGUAAUGGGUAAUGAAUUUAUUAAAUAUAAGGAAAUUUGAUGUAUAUGUGUGUUCAUAAGCGUUUGAGGGGUGUUCAAUUCGUUCGUAUGUUUGAAUCUGAGAAUUUUAUGUGCCUACCAAAUAUUAUAUGAUUAAUAUUAAAGAAAUCAACCUGCAUUGAUUACUUAUUAAAAUGUUAAGCUGAU